UUAGGGUUUUAAAUAAACAGGAGGGUGAAGACUCUAUAGAUUCCAAGCGAAUACUUUACCUUUUCUCGGAUGGCAAUUUUGAAGAGACUUCUCAGAAUUACUGCUCCUUCAUGGCGAAAGAUCGCCUCUCCCAAAGCCCUAACCCCUUCAGCUGCGCCCUCACGUCAUCUCCUUCCUCCUCUCUACCACCGUUUCCCUCGGAGAUCAAAUUUUACUUUCGGAUCAGAUGUCCAGAAGCUAAGGUUGGUGGCUUCUGUUUCAGGUUCAUACUCUAUACUUCCUGCUCUCUUAGCUGGUUUGCUUGGAGCAGGAAUGAUAGAGACGGCGUAUGCUGAUGCUGAUGAGGUCUCCUCCAAACCUCCUCUUCCAUCAGAACCUCCUGCAAGUCAUGUCAACCUUGAGGAAACUGCCAAGAAAGAGAGGCAGCGAAUUGAACAGAGGCUUAAAGAUAAAGGAAUUAGAUAUGGUUCUUAUCCUCGGUUUACUGUUGCUGUCAAGGGCCAAAAGGUUACAAUCAAGUUCCAGAUUCCUCCUGGUUGUGAAGUUGCACAGUUGAUUGCAAACCUUGUUUCACAUCUUGGACUGAAGGUUGAAGAGCAUGGUGGUGGUUCAGAUGGGCUACUGCGUGCAUGGGACAGUUCAGUUGCCUGGCAGCUGACUCUUAAUCCACUGGUCAAACAGAAGGAAACUGGAGUAAACGAGGGGCAUUCAGUAUAUAGAAGUGGAGACGAAAGGGAUUUAUGCAUCCUCAUUUUCCGUUCACUAAUAAGCUCUGACAAAGCGGAAAUUGAGUUUAUAAAACAAGGAAGUUUGAAUCAGAAGGAGCUUGAUGCUUUGGUCUCUGCCUUAGAACUAGCUGGUGGAAGGUUUGCACAAAGUAGCACCUUGGUAAACAAACCGAGGGACGGUUCUGCACAGAUGCCUGCACAAAAAUCAAUCUCUAGCCUGGAGGCCAUGGGGGUAAGAAUUUAUGGGCUUGAUGAGCCACAUCAGUAUAAAUCAUACAGUGAGAUAUCAUGGGACAAUAUUGCUGGAUAUGAUCAACAAAAACAAGAAAUAGAAGAUACAAUUUUGUUGGCUCUAAAUAGCCCUCAAGUAUAUGAUGAUAUUGCACGUGGAACUCGCCAAAAAUUUGAGUCUAAUAGACCCAGAGCUGUGCUCUUUGAAGGACCUCCAGGUACAGGGAAGACAUCUUGUGCUCGUGUUAUUGCUAAUCAGGCGGGUGUCCCAUUGCUGUAUGUGCCACUAGAGAUUGUCGUGUCAAAGUACUAUGGUGAAAGUGAACGCUUACUGGGGCAAGUAUUCUCUCUUGCCAAUCAGCUCCCCGAUGGUGCUAUCAUAUUUUUAGAUGAGGUUGAUUCUUUUGCCACUGCUCGUGGUGGUGAAAUUCAUGAAGCUACACGUCGAAUUUUGUCGGUGCUAUUGCGACAGAUUGAUGGAUUCGAACAGGACAAGAAAGUGGUUGUCAUUGCUGCCACAAAUAGAAAGCAAGAUCUUGAUCCUGCAUUGAUUAGUCGUUUUGAUUCAAUGAUUGUCUUCGGUCUUCCUGAUGAGCACAAUCGGCAGGCAAUAGCAGCUCAGUAUGCCAAACACCUUACAGAAGCAGAGUUAGCUGAACUUGCUCGAGUCACCGAUGAUAUGUCUGGUAGGGACAUCCGGGAUGCAUGCCAACAAGCAGAGCGGUCAUGGGCAUCAAAGCUAAUUCGAGGACAAGCAAAGAAUGACAAAAAACCACCACCCCUCCCACCCUUGGAGGAAUACAUUAAAAGUGCCAUGAACCGAAGAAAGGCUCUAUGCAGCACGGCAGAGCAGAGAAACCAAGACCAUAGCCGUGGUAAGCAGAAACCUCAGUUAGAUUUGUUAUCUUCGCGAUCAACAGCAGCAGUGUAGGUGAUUAUGUAGAGACAAUUAUGGUAAUUAUCUGCCAUUCAUAGAUUUAUCAUUUAAUAUAAUU